UUAUGCCCACAAGAUUCGUUCCGCUGUGACCUGCCUAGUUCUAGUACGUAGUACUGUAGACAAUGACCAGCCAACAAGUCACUUUGCGAGCGCGAGAGGGAUCCCUCUCGCGCUCGCUUGCUUCAGUGGUUUGACAUCCGGCCAGGUCCAGUCGCUUUCGACUCCCGCCGGCAGCACCCGCUACGGAUGCCAACCUAUCUACGAUCUAGUUCUAGUGUGAAUACUUUGGGCCACCUCUUAAUUUCCUCUUGCCUGCUUCCAUCAGCCCAGCAAGGCAUGACGCAGCCUUUUUGAUGCUCCUGUGCUGUACCCACACUCGAAUCAACCAAUGCAUCCAUCUGUUCCGGUUCCAAUUCGGUGAGAGUAUAAUCAACCAACAACUCGGGAGCAGAGCAGGACACGCAAACGAGCGCUAACCAACCGACCUGUCCAUGAUGUUUUGCUACCAUGUUAGUCUCACAGUGCCUAAAUUCUUUUUUUUUGUAUGCGGAUUCUAUAAAAGUUCUCAAAAUAGUAGGCAUAUAAUUCUAGGUUUUCUUAAAACAUUUACAAUUUCCCGAAAGAAUUUACAGUGAGAUUACAAGGAAUUAGUAUCAUGGAUUAUUAGUCAUCCUCUUAAAAAUUGAAAUUUGGAAAAGUAGCAAGCGUCAUAAAAACAGAUAUAUUUUUCGGUUAUGAACGGAAAAUCAAUGUCUAGUCUAUAUAUUUUACGUGGAUACAGUUUGUUUUCGUUACAUUAGCGGUUCAGAGUUCAGAGUAAUAGAAUUUCCACGUGUAUCAACCAUAUAUCACUCACUAGUCCGGCACAGCAGUGUAAAAUCAAACGGAGAGAAGUCUAUCUGCCCCGGUGACCUUUUAGCAUGACAAAGCAGUGUAAAAUCAAAUGGAGAGAGGCCUAUCUGCCCCGGUGACUUUUCAGCACGGCACGGCAGUGUAAAAUCAAACAGUGACAGGCCUAUCUGCCCGGGUGACUUUUCGGCACGGCACAGCAGUGUAAAAUCAAACGGAGAGAGGCCUAUCUGCCCGGGUGACUUUUCACCACGACUUGUCCGCCUCGAUCGGGAUUUACCAGUCCAAAAAUCUACUCCCCCAGCUCAAAAUAGAUAAAUCUAUUUUACGUGGACACAGUUUGUUUCGAUCGGGUUUUGCCAGAUACAGUAUUUUUUUGGAAAUCAAACUGUGGACGCGACCAGUCCCGUAUGAUUACCAUUCCACGCAGCAUACGACGAUCGACGCACGGAUGGAAUCUCGUCACCGUCUUCCUCCUCCCCCGAAUCCAUGGGAAUGCUAGUCCCUCUAGUCGUACGCGGAGCUGUCUCUCGCAUCCCCUCCGGGCCCCAUGGUGAGAGGUACGCCAAUACAUAUGCACCUCUAUAAGAAGAGACUCCCCAUCGAGCUCCACCGGCACAAAACAAAUAACCUACUCCAGCUGCCAUGCGACUAGCCAUGGAGACCUCCCCUCACCUAAAGCUCGUCUCGCUCGUUCUCCUGCUAGCCUCGUUUUCCCAUGCCAUUGCAGCAGCACCCCCAUCUCUCCUGGAAGAACAGGCUGGUGCCCUCCUUGCCUGGAAAGCCACCAUACGUAGCCCCCCAGCCCAGCUGCAGUCCUGGGGAAGCAACACCACAUGGCCAUGCACCUGGUAUGGCAUCAAGUGCGGCAAGAACCAAGCGGGGCACCAGGAGGUCAUGAUCACCGAGAUAUCUCUGCGGGGUUUGCGGCUGAGAGCGGCGUUGGAAUCCCUCAAUUUCACGGCGUUGCAUACUCUCACGAGUAUCCGACUCCCGUACAAUCAGAUAAGGGGCCCCUUUCCACCCACUUUAGCAUCAUCUUUGCCAAACCUGCGACACCUAAUGCUUGCAGGAAAUAAAAUCUUUGGUGAAAUACCAAGGCAAAUUAAACACCUAGAGAGCCUAGUGGGGCUGAACUUGUCAAAGAACCACCUAUCCGGUCCCAUCCCUAGUGAACUAAGCUCUCUAAAGAAGCUUGCCAAGUUAGAUUUUUCCAACAACCACCUCACAGGCCCCAUUCCAAAAAUUCUAUGGAAUUGUACUCAACUCACUAUCUUGUACCUAUGGGAUAACCAACUUUCCGGGAGCAUUCCACAAGAACUAAGUUACCUAGUGAAUCUAGAAUUAUUGGAUCUUGGCACAAACAAACUCACGGGUUCCAUCUCCAACACCUUUGGAAAUUUGACCAAGCUCACUGCCUUAUACCUCGAUGGUAAUUGGUUCUCCGGUCAUGUUCCACGAGAAAUUGGCACCUUAAUGGAUCUCAGAUAUCUACAAUUUUAUGAUAACAAUCUCUCUGGCCCCUUACCACCUGAAUUGUGUGCUGGAGGUAUGCUCAAGAGAUUAAUUGCAUUUGACAACAAUCUCAAUGGACCUCUUCCAUCAAGUUUGGUGAACUGUAGAAGCCUAGAAAGAGUCCGCCUUGAAAGGAAUCAAAUAGAAGGAGAUAUUUCUGAGAUGGGGGUUUAUCCAAAUCUGGUCUACAUGGAUAUGAGCUCAAAUAAUUUGUUUGGUCAGCUAUCUUAUCACUGGGGGGAAUGUCAUAAUCUUAUGACGCUACGCAUCUCAAACAACAACCUUACCGGGGAAAUACCCGCAAGUAUGGGGCAGCUAUCUCAACUAGGCUGGCUUGAUCUUUCAUCAAACAAGCUUGAAGGAGAGCUUCCAAGUGCACUAGGCAAUCUAAAAAAAUUGUUCAACCUGAGCCUCGGGGACAAUUUGCUCCAUGGAAGCAUUCCGCUAGAAAUUGGAGCACUAUCCAAUAUAGAGUUGCUGGAUUUGUCAUCAAAUAACCUAGAUGGGUUGAUACAAAAUUCAAUUGAGCAUUGUUUGAAGCUUCGCCUUUUGAAGUUGAAUCACAAUAACUUCGGAGGAAACAUCCCUCCUGAGCUAGGGUUAUUACGUAGCUUACAUGACCUAUUGGAUUUGAGUGAUAAUUCAUUUACUGGGGCAAUACCAAGCCAACUUAGUGAUCUGAUCAUGCUAGAUACUCUGAAUCUUUCACACAAUAAACUUAAUGGGUCCAUUCCGCCAUCAUUUCAGAGUAUGGAAAGCUUGACAUCCAUUGACGUAUCUUAUAAUGAACUGGAAGGUCUGGUCCCGGACAGUAAACUCUUCCAAGGAGCUCCAAUGCAGCAAUUCAUGCAUAAUAAGAUGCUAUGUGGUGUGGUGAAAGGAUUGCCCCCUUGUAGUAGUGCAAAUCAGAGCAGAGGGGAAAGGAAAAGAUACAAAAUACUUGUAUUAGCCAUUGUUCCUGCUCUGCUAUCUCUUGUUCUUGCUGUGAUGACAUUGAUGUUCUGGCAUGAAAGGAAGAAAACCAAUGCAACUAAUGACGAUAAAGUAACAAAACAAAAAGUCUUCUCUAUCUGGGGUUUUGAUGGGGCAAAUGUGUUCAUGCAAAUCGUUGAAGCAACCAACAAUUUUAGCGAGAUGCAUUGCAUAGGAACCGGUGGGUAUGGAUCUGUCUACAAAGCUAGACUUCCAACAUGCGAAAUAUUUGCAGUGAAGAGGAUACACGUGAUAGAAGAUGAGCAUUGUGUGAGUGAGACAAUGUACAAUCGUGAAAUUGAGGCAUUGGUGCAGAUCCGUCAUCGAAACAUCGUAAAACUAUUUGGGUAUUGCUCCUCUAACCAAGGCAGGUUCCUUAUCUAUGAAUAUAUGGAGCGAGGAGACUUGGCGAAAACACUGAAGGAUAAUGAAAGGGCAACUGAAUUGGACUGGACAAGGCGGAUACAUAUUGUGUUGGAUGUGGUUCAUGCUUUGGCAUACAUGCAUCAUGAUUGUUCGUCACCAAUAGUCCAUAGAGAUAUAACAAGCAACAACAUUUUGCUUGAUUAUGAAUUUAGAGCUUGCAUCUCCGACUUCGGUACAGCAAAAAUUCUCAAACUUUAUGGGUGGAAUCUCACAAGGCUUGCAGGGACCAAAGGCUAUCUUGCCCCAGAGCUAGCAUAUACAGAAAACGUGACGGAGAAAUGUGAUGUAUACAGCUUUGGAGUGCUUGUUUUGGAGCUAUUUAUGGGAUCCCAUCCAGGCGAUUUGCUCUCAUCCCUCUCACCGGCCACCAUGAACAAUGAACUGUGCCUGCAGGAUUUGCUGGACUCUAGGCUAGUGCUCCCAGAUGCUGGAAUCUCUAGAGAUAUAUACCUCAUGCUCACUGUCGCAGUCCGGUGCCUGGAACCGAGUCCAUCACGCAGGCCAACCGCGCGACGUGUUGGUGAUGAGCUAUCUACAAUAAAAGCUUGUGAAGAUCAUGUUGAUUAUUUGCACGCCGGCAUCACAUUUCCUGCACUGUAGUGCCUAGCUAUAGCUAUGGAUUGUGAACUCGUAUGAUGUGGUUUGUUCUCUGCUACCUACCUAUUUGCUUAAAAAGUGUCAUUUUCUCUUUAACUGGUAUAUAUGGAACUAGCAAACCUGUAGUAAACCGCUUUGAUUUGACACUAACAUUGUAUGAAAAGGCAAUUCACUCCUACAAAACAAUGCUGCAAUGAUGGGUCAGAACAAGCUCCGCCGACAGGUUUUGCGCAACCCGCCCGCCCGCCAGGUGCUUGUGUUUUUUCCCAUGAGGUUCGUUCCACUGCUAUCUUGAUACCAAUUAUUCUUGUAUUCAUCUUAACUGCUACUGUUUAAUGAUAUUUAUUAGCAUAUAGGAUCUUCACAGGAAUAGCCUGUAUACCAUAGCACUCUUUUUGUGAGGCCAAUUCAGAUCAUAGGGAGUAGUAGCAGUCUGAAGGUGUAGCGCAGAAUCACUGCUGAAGCCGUGAAUUUGUGCAAGUGCAUUUUUGAAAUUGCAAAACCCCAUCAAGGCACUAAGAUGCAUGAUCGCAGCCUAUUCAUACUUUUGGUUUGCGGUUUUGAAUUGUCUGAGACUAAAAUCUGUAGUACUGUAUUUAUUAGAAUGUACAGUACAAUGGUACAUGCUUAUCUUUUCCUACAUGAACACUCUGUUUGCUAGCUCUGCUACCUGGUGCUUAUAAGAGUGCAGGAGAUAUUGGAAAUCUUUCACCAAUUACUCAACAUCACCAAUGUGUGUUCUGGAAAUUUGCUACAACUCAAUAUUGGAAAAAAAUGAACGAAUUGAUCUACGGCACGCAAGAACGGCAUGCAAGGACUACUACACACAUGCUCGUUGACUCCAGCAUUUAAUUGAUGUACCUAAAACACUGCAGAGGUUCAUUCAUGCGAGAACCGGCGUGCAAGGAGGUGAUGGAUUGAUUUGCUACCAGUGCGUGGGAUAUCUCAAGCCAUGCUAAGGAAGAAGCAGACACAUUGGUUAGGCUAGCAGGAACAUAGCCUGUAGCUUAGGUAUAUCUGAAGCCUGUCAGCCUUGUGAUGUCACUCAGAAAUUGCUGUGAUGGUUACAUCAUUCAUAUCCAUACCGGGAAUCAGACUGCAUCAUGUUCUGAAGAAAUCGACACCCAGCGGUCGGUUGGCACCAAACCGGCCGGGCUCAUCGUUGGACUGCUCUGUCUUCAUCUAACAGCAACUUACCGCUCCGCCCGUAGUUACGACACAAGGCCACCCUUGAUCGCGCAUCCAAUGAGCAAUGAAGACUGGAGCGGACGCAGUUUGAACUAUUACCUUUAUUUACUGUCUCCUUGUUCACCAGCUUUACUUUAUUAGCAUCGUUAAAGUUAAGAUUACAUUUCACUGGUUGUAAUUAAUGGGUAUAAAACCCACCCCAGAUCUACCUGAGAGCCCUGGAGCACAAGCAUCCUGCUGCUGCUUUGGCCACUUGUUGUCAUGUGAGGUGAGGUAACAAGGCCCGGUGAAGUAAAACUCUGCAACAAGCACACCAGCAGACUUGAAUCAACCCAGCUGAGCGGCGCCUGCUUGCUGGAGCACGCCGUUGAUUGUACACCUCUAAAGGGGCAGGGAUGAUUGCAUCGCAGGUGAUUGGUUGUAUAUCUCUGCAGAAUAUUGAUGUGCUUUUCGAUCAUACGUGUCUGGUGGAAGAUGUGCCUCCCAUCGUUGCCGGUGUGCUUCUCUAGUGCUCAUUCACGUUGGUGUGUUUCUUGUUAGUUGUUACGGUGACAGGGCCUGUUUUCUUUGUUUUCCCCUAGCGUUGUUGCUCGAUCACAAAAACAGAGCUUAAUUGGUUUCAGCAAUGCAAAGGAUGUCUGCAGAUUCUCUUU